UUGCCAAGAGCCGGCGGCGCCGGAAGGGGCGGGGUUGUUUCCGCUGUGCACUUGGUCGGACGCGUGCGUUUGUGGGUGCGGGCGCCGGCGGCCCAGCCUGGGGGAUGUCGCGUGCGGGCAGCGCGGUGAGGGCGGCCCCCGGCGGGGGCAGCGGCAGUGGCGGCAGCGCGCUCUUCUCGGGCUUCCGCGCUCUCGGCCUUUACUCCAACCACCUGCCCCACGUGCUGCGCUACCACCAGCGCCACCGCGAGUUCUACCUGCUCACCGCCGCGGGGAGGAGCUUCCACACCUACAACGUAAAGAAACUUGGUAUAGUUGCUGUUAGUAAUGCUUUAUUACAAGACAUUACUUGUUUGGCAGCAGACAGAAUGUUGGUCUUCGCUUCAUAUGGCAAUCUUCUCCAUGCUUUUGCCCGGAACAAAGAGGUGGUUCAUAUAUAUGAUGGUCACAAAGGAGAAAUUCACCUUUUGCAGCCAUUUGGUGAUCAUGUCAUCUCUGUGGAUAUUGAUAAUGUUCUUAUUGUUUGGGAUGUACAAUCAGAAGAAGAAUACCUACAACUGAAUUUUGAUAAGGCUGUUUUUGCAGUUUCUGCAAUUAUGCAUCCAAGUACCUACUUAAAUAAAAUUCUCCUUGGCAGUGAACAAGGAAGCCUGCAGUUAUGGAAUGUAAAAUCCAACAAACUUUUAUACUCAUUUCCAGGAUGGGGUUUAGGGGGUGUGACAACCCUCGAACAGGCACCAGCAGUAGAUGUAGUUGCAAUAGGUCUCGUGUCUGGUCAUAUCAUUGUGCACAACAUUAAGUUUGAUGAAACACUGAUGAAAUUUCAGCAAGACUGGGGUCCCAUCACAGCAAUAUCUUUCCGUACAGAUGGUCAUCCAGUCAUGGCAGCCGGAAGUCCUAUUGGACACAUUGCACUGUGGGAUCUGGAAGAGAAGAAACUAAUUAGUCAAAUGCGAAAUGCCCAUUCCACAGCAAUAGCUGGUAUGUCAUUUGUCCAGGGAGAGCCACUUCUUGUUACUAAUGGUGCUGAUAAUGCUAUAAAGAUAUGGAUCUUUGAUGGCCCUGGAGGUGGUGGUCGUUUGUUGAGGUGCCGUAUGGGACAUAGUGCUCCUCCAACAAAAAUCAGAUACCAUGGGCAAAAUGGACAACAAAUUCUUAGUGCAGGUCAGGAUGGAACCUUGCAGUCUUUUUCCACAGUGCAUGAAAGGUUCAAUAAAAGUUUAGGACGUGGUUCUAUAAACAAAAAGAAAUCAAAAAGGAAAGGUCUUCAGUAUGAUACAAUGGCCCUUCCACCUAUUACUGCAUUUGCAACAGAGAUAGCACGUCAGAAUGACUGGGAUGGGAUCAUUGCUUGCCAUCAAGGUUAUAUAACUUGUACAACCUGGAACUACCAGAAAACUUCCAUGGGAGCCCAUAAACUGAAACCAAAAGCAUUCAGCAAAAACAAGCCUCUUGAUGUAUAUGCAACAGUAGUUGACAUUACUACAUGUGGAAACUUUGCUGUAAUUGGGCUUUCAACAGGACAUGUAGAUGUAUACAACAUGCAGUCUGGCAUUCACCGAGGACAUUAUGGAAAAGAAAAAGCACAUGAAGGUGCCAUUAGAGGGGUAGCAGUGGAUGGAUUAAACCAGUUGACAAUCACAGCUGGAAGUGAAGGAUUCAUUAAAUUCUGGAAGUUCAAGACCAUGGACCUAGUUUACUCUGCAAAUCUCUCUUCUUCUCCAAGUGCAAUGCUGCUUCACAGAGACAGUGGUAUUCUGGGAAUUGCCUCAGAUGACUUUGGCAUUAGCGUUUUGGAUAUAGAAACAAGAAGGAUCGUCAGGAAGUUCUCUGGACACCACAGCCAGAUUAAUGACAUGACUUUCAGUCCCGAUGGCCGUUGGCUAAUAACUGCAUCAAUGGAUUGCACCAUUAAGACUUGGGACCUCCCAUCUGGAUGCCUCAUAGAUUGUUUUUUGUUAGACUCAGCAGCUAUCAGCAUUUCUAUGUCUCCUACUGGAGACUUUCUAGCUUCAUCACAUGUAGAUGAUCUUGGAAUUUAUCUAUGGUCUAACCGUUCCUUGUAUUCGCUUGUCUCUUUACGGCCACUUCCAGCAGAUUAUGAGCCUUCUGUAAUAAUGCUUCCAGGAACUUGCCCUGCACAAGAUGUGGACAUCACAGGAGAUGAAGAAACAAGCGAUGAAAUGAUAGACUAUAAUUCACCAGAGCAAUUGGAAGAGCAGCUAGUGACCUUGUCGUCACUGUCUGAAUCAAGAUGGAAAAACCUCCUCAAUCUUGAUGUUAUCAAGAAAAAGAAUAAACCAAGAGAGCCACCGAAAGUUCCCAAAUCAGCUCCAUUCUUCAUCCCAACAGUUCCUGGCCUCAUACCGCGAUAUGCUGCUGCUAAGCAAGAAAAUGAUGGACAGCAGUCAAAGGUAGUAAACCUUGGAGUAUUGGCACAAAAAUCUGAUUUCUACGUUCAACUUGAAGAAGCCUUGAGCAGUAAUGAGUAUAAAUCUCCACUUAAUAUUCUAAAGGAAAUGGGACCAUCUAGUAUUGAGACAGAGCUAAGAGGCUUGGCUCCAGAUGCUGGUGGCUCUGUAGAGGUGAUGAAAAGCUUUUUGAGACUGAUUGGGACAAUGUUGAACACAAAGUGUGACUUUGAGCUGGCCCAGGCAUAUCUUGCAUUGUUUUUAAAGUUGCACCUUAAAAUCCUUUCCUCAGAGCCAGUCUUGCUGGAAGAAAUAGCCAAAGUGUCAACCCAACUAGAGGAAACCUGGAUCCAUUUACAGACUCUCUUCAAUCAAAGUCUGUGUGUGUUAAAUUAUAUGAAAAGUGCUUUGUUAUAAUGUGCCUUUGUUCCUAUUUAAGAAUACUAAUGUUGGAUAAAAAUCCUCUCAGAUUGAUGGUACUUUUAACAUUGCAGAUAAGUUUCUGAUUCCAACAAUACAGCUUUUGUAUGUCUUUGUUAAAUAAUACAGAAUUAAAUAUUUAACUUUUAUUUAGCUCAUUUAAAUUCAUUGUCAAAAUUUGAACUUACAAAAUUUUAAAAUGUAAAGUGCCCCACUAAAUGACUACUGGAGGCAAUGUAAAUUAUUUUUAAAGAUGAAUAAACAUUAAGGACAAAUAUAGUGUAGCAAAUCUAUAUUAUCGUGACCAAAAACAUAUAAUGGGGCAACAAAUUAUGAGAGAGAAAGCAAUAAACCUGCCAGUCUCUGUGUAUAGAAAAUACUUUGUGUUUGUUAGACUUAUGCUGUAGUUUAAGAAAAGCCAUUGCUUUAACAAAUGUUAACUGUGAGGUAAAACAGUGAUACAGAAGCUGCACAUCUCCUUGAAGCCAAAUUGUCAUUGUCAUGACUAAGUGCUUGCUAAAUCCAAUUUGAAGAAACUAGUUUGUUUUCA